AUGGUGUUGGAUACAGAAGCGGACAAUGUGCGUGUUGUUGUGCGAUGUCGACCGUUCAGUGAGAUGGAACAUGAGCAAAAUCGUGGACGAUCAGUGGUGCACGUCGACAGUGAGAACAACUCUGUGUCCGUUAUCAACCCACUCUCACCUCAGGAUCCACCACGUUUCUAUACGUUCGACGCGGUGUUCGAUGAGAAUUCGGAUCAGUUGAGUGUCUACAAUAUUGCAGCCAGGCCGAUCGUGGAUAAUGUCUUACAAGGAUACAACGGCACGAUUUUGGCAUAUGGUCAGACCGGAACGGGUAAGACUUAUACGAUGUCCGGGUUGGCCGAUUCGGCCGAGCAUGCCGGCAUAAUACCGAAUUCAUUUGCGCACAUUUUCGAUCACAUCGCAAAAUGUGAACAAGAUAAGACAUUCUUGGUGCGGGUUUCUUAUUUGGAAAUAUACAACGAAGAGAUACGCGAUUUGCUAAGCAAAAAUCCUGUUCGUGGUCUCGAAAUUAAGGAAAGACCCGAUAUAGGCGUUUACGUGAAAGAUUUGUCGAGUGUGACUGUGUCAAGUGCGGAUCAUAUGGCCAGGAUUAUGCAAUUUGGUAGUAAUAAUAGGUCAGUUGGAGCGACAAAUAUGAAUGUCGAAAGUUCACGUUCACAUGCGCUAUUCACAGUGACCGUCGAGUGUAGUGAACGUAUCGGGAAUCAGAACCAUCUUACUCAGGGAAAAUUGCAACUCGUCGAUCUCGCGGGUAGCGAGAGGCAGUCGAAGACUGGUGCAAGUGGACAAAGACUGAAAGAAGCGUCACGUAUUAACUUGUCGCUCUCAUCGCUCGGCAACGUAAUCAGCGCUUUGGUUGAUUCAAAAGCAACGCAUGUUCCAUACCGGAACUCGAAAUUGACACGUUUAUUGCAGGAUUCAUUAGGUGGUAACUCAAAAACUGUUAUG